UUAGCAUUGACUGCAAUAGCUAUACAUUGAAUACAUUGAAGUGCUGUUCGAUGUUGUGUUGCGUCGAGAGUUAGACAGACAUUGACUCACAUAUGUAUCGAUGAUUUGAUGACUACUUUGACUAUUGAUUUGAUUUUUAAUUAUUUGUUAAUUAUUUGUUAAUCAUAUUAUCAUUCAAUCGAUUGACUCAAUAGUGUUAACACAAUAACUGGUUGUUACUCAUCGAUCAAUAGUAUGUGUGAUUAGAUGUCGAGUACAGCCAUUAAUAUGAGUGAAAGUGCAGCAAACGCUACGACAACAAGUAUACCGUCGGGUCAUUCGGUAAUGGACACAAUGACGGGAGGUUUACCCAAAUUGGCUAAUAUUACACAACUUGUAGGACAUCCGGGAAUCUUCUUGCAGUCGACGUCUGCAAAAGCCAUUUCCGGAGCUUUCAUUUGGAUUGCACUCUUCAUUUCAUGUCAUCAGAUCUACCAACACUUACGCUUCUAUACGAUGCCAUCAGAGCAACGAUGGAUUGUUAGGAUAUUAUUCAUAGUUCCCAUCUAUGCUCUCGACUCAUGGCUUAGUCUACUAUUUUUUAAAGACAACUAUUAUGUUUAUUUUGAUAGUGUUAGGGAUUGGUAUGAAGCAUUUGUGAUUUACAACUUUUUGAGUCUUUGUUACGAAUAUUUGGGCGGUGAGGGUAACAUAAUGACCGAAAUCCGCGGUAAACCAAUCCGGUCGAGCUGGUGGUUCGGCACCUGUUGUCUAUCUGGUCGAACCUAUUCUAUUGGAUUUUUGCGAUUCUGCAAACAAGCGACUCUUCAAUUCUGUGCUGUAAAGCCAAUGAUGUCUAUUAUAACACUUAUAUUACAAGCAUUUGGCAAAUAUAAAGACGGCGAUUGGAGUGCCAAUUCUGGAUACUUAUAUAUAACAAUGAUUUAUAACAUCAGUGUUUCACUGGCACUCUAUGGUCUGGUGCUCUUCUAUCACGCGACCAGAGACUUGUUGUCACCAUAUGAUCCGGUCUGGAAGUUCUUCACUGUCAAGUCUGUUAUCUUCUUGUCUUUUUGGCAGGGUGUAAUUCUUGCUAUUUUUGAAAAAGCAAGUCUUAUAUCACCGGUGACGACCUUUGAAGGAGAACGAGCCAACGCUGGAACAGUUUCAGCCGGUUAUCAAAAYUUCUUAAUUUGUGUCGAAAUGUUUUUUGCAGCUCUAGCUCUUAGAUAUGCUUUUCCUUAUCAGAUAUACUCCAGCGGCUGCUCGACUGAUAGUCAGGGAAGGUCUGUAACAAUGCAGAGCAUAUCAAGCAGUUUGAAGGAGACUAUGAAUCCUAGAGACAUCAUGAAUGACGCCAUACAUAACUUUCAUCCCAAUUAUCAACAGUACACUCAAUACCAAUCGUCCACUAAAUCCAACAGUGGUUCUGCAAAACCAGUUGGAGAGACGGGAGCUUUAAAUAAGUCAAGUGCUGUUAAUGACCCUCAGACUGGCUAUAAUAGUGUCUCCAUUGAUGUGAACGCAAUGAAUGGCGUCGUGAAUAUGGCGGCCACUAUUGAGACUGAAGAGGCAAAAUCUGGUAAGAAGUCUACACCACAGCCGGGAAGACAAAUACAAACAAUUAGUCAAAAUUAUUCAGAAAAAACAACAUUAUUAUCAUCUGAUGAUGAAUUUCAAUGAAUUUUAUUCAUACCUUUUAUCUCUCCUUUUAAUGAAAAUGUUUUUUUGACUGCAUUUAUUAGGAG